CACACUUUUAAUAAUUUGAUAAAUAAGAAAUUUGCUCAAUACAUACCACAAUCUUCCAUCUUUACCCUUACUCACACAUCCCACCCACAAUCUUAAAUCUUUCAUUUCCUUAAAAAAAUUUAUUACAUCUUUAUCCUUCUAGUUAAUUACAAUUUUAACCUUCACACAAAUUUCUCAAUCCACACAACCCACCCCUACUAGUCCUAACCCUAACCUUAACUGCCAUCGUCGCUGCCCGCUUGCCGCCCGUCGCCGUCGCAGCCAUUACCAGCUUCGACCGCACCUCCUCCACCAUUCCUAGCUCUGAUAAGCCACCCCUUGCUAUCCCUAUCUCUCCUAUCCCAACUUUAAUCCUAAACCCUAACAUCUCCUCACUACUGCCGCCAGCGUUGCCCUUCUGAAUCCCCUUCAGUCAGCGCCUCUUCUCUACAAAUCCCCGCUCCACUUGCAGCUCCUCUCUCCUCUUAUUUCCACUCAUAGCCCUUUCUUCUUCUUUUUCUUCAUCUUUUCUUCAAACCCUGGAUCUGGAAACCCAAAUCUAUCUUUCUCUCUCUCUCUCUCUCUCUCUCUCUCUCUCGUAACUGCAGAUCGAGUGAUGGAGUGGAGGAACUGAGUCACACUGUGGAGGGGAUCUAGAUGAUGGAAAAUGGUAGAAGUUGGCCAACGGGACUGGAGAGGGGUGACGGGGGUGAGAGAGAUACGAGUUGCAAUGUCAGUAGUGAAGGAAAUGGUAGUGCGAGCUGCUACCAUGGCAGGGGCGCAAAUGGAUUAAGGAUGGAAACAGAAAAGGGGAUGGUGUCGGUUGGAAGGUAGCGGCGGCAGAAAAAGGUGACAACAAAAGACGGUUAUAUUCUUAGCUUGCAGAGGAUUCCAAUGGGGAAGUCUGGAAUCAAAUCAAACAAACCACCUGUUCUUCUUCAACAUGGGAUCAUGAUUGAUGCUACAUCAUGGAUGUUGAACUCUCCAGAUGAAUCUUUGCCAUUCAUAUUGGCUGACGAGGGUUUUGAUGUUUGGCUUUCCAGCACCCGUGGGACUAAAUAUAGCAGCGGACACACAUCACUUAGUCCCAGUGAUUCGGCUUACUGGGAUUGGUCGUGGGAUGAAUUAGCCGCUUAUGAUCUUCCUGCAUCAUUCCAGUAUGUUCAUGACCAGACACGGCAGAAUCUGCACUAUGUUGGACACUCCUUGGGAACUUUGAUGGCUCUUGCUGCAUUUUCCCAACACAAUUUAGUGAACAUGUUAAGGUCGGCUGCUUUGCUAUGCCCCAUUGCUUACUUGGGUCAGAUUCCUGCACAACUUACAAGAGCUGCUGCUGAUUCUUUUGUCGCUGAAGACUUGUACUACUGGUUGGGCCUCCAUGAAUUUAUUCCAGGAGGGGAGGCUGUUGCCAACCUAGUGGAAGAAAUUUGCAACAAAACGCACAGUAAUUGUUCCAACUUAAUGGUUGCCUUGACUGGCCAGACUUGUUGUGUAAAUUCUUCCAUAAUAGAUGUUCUUCUUGAGUUUGAACCUCAGCCAACGGCCACGAGGAACCUUAUCCAUCUAGCACAGAUGGUUCGACAUGGGAGCAUAACAAUGUAUGAUUAUGGGAAUGAAGAUGACAACAACAAACACUAUGGGCAGCCCACUCCUCCUGUGUACGACAUGGCAAGCAUCCCAAACGACGUUCCUCUUUUCAUAGGCUAUGGAGGACAAGAUGACCUUGCCGAUGUGAAGGAUGUGAAGAAACUGCUAGGCACUCUAAAAAACCAUGAUGCUGAUAAGCUUGUAACACUCUACAGGGAAGAGUAUGCACAUGCUGAUUUUGUCUUAGGCGUAAAUGCAAACCAAGUUGUUUAUGAUCCUCUCAUGGCCUUCUUCAAGCUCCACUGACAACAUGUGUAACAUAAAAUGAAAAAUUGUAUUACAAAUGCUUUUUGUAAAUUAUGAAUAGAACCACUUCUUUUGGUGUCCAAUUGCAACAGUUAUAUCAGGAUUUUUAUCCUUAAUUACCGGUAUUGUUAAGUUUUUGGGGUAAAUGUGGAAAAUAUACAUUUACCUUGUGUUAAUUUAUGGAAUGCAGUAUUUUUCUGAGGUGAUGAUGAAUUUAAUUUCACUUCUUGAGUUAAUACUAUGCCCCAUCAUCUUGCUCUAGGAGUACUACUAUAUAAAACUGGAUCUUGGAAUCAGACCUUGAGUGAAACACAUUA